AUGUCCGCUGCGGUUGUUGCCCCUGCAUCGUUGGGACCCUGGUCGGCCUCCCAGAAGAAAGCGGCUUCGAGAAUUUUUGCAAAAGCAUUACUGUCUGCUUUGCCCAAUGCGUCAAUAAAUAAGGAUUCAGGGUGGACAUCCGACAAAAAAGCUAGACAAACCCCCGUUAAACUACCUCCUAAAAAAGAGGAUUGUAAUAAUAAUUCUUACGAGACCGAUAACGACGAUGACUACAGUGAUGAAGCAAGUGAACAUAGCUAUAGUGAAGAUUCUUCUACAUACUUUGGAGAGAGCUCGAGAGCGCCCUCAGUGGAAGAUGAUGAGGAAGGCCACCUUAUUUACCGAUCAGGGGACAUCCUGCAAGAUCGAUAUAAAAUUCUUGGCACUCUUGGGGAAGGAACUUUUGGCAAAGUGGUCAAAAUGAAGGACUUGCAAAUGGACCAUUCCAUGGCAUUAAAGAUAAUCAAGAACGUAGAAAAAUACAGAGAAGCUGCCAAGUUGGAAAUUAACGUUCUCGAAAAGUUGUCUGACAAAGAUCCUGAUUGUAACCAUUUAUGCGUUAAAAUGCUGGAUUGGUUCGAUUACCAUGGUCACAUGUGCAUUGCUUUCGAAAUGCUGGGACUUAGCGUAUUUGAUUUUUUGAAAGACAAUAGUUAUCAACCCUACCCAUUGGAACAAGUGAGACACAUUGGCUAUCAACUUUGUUAUUCAGUCAAGUUUUUGCACGACAACAAAUUGACCCACACAGAUCUCAAACCGGAAAACAUCCUGUUUGUUGAUUCUGAUUUUGAUUUUGUUUAUAACUCCAAAAAGCGAAAGGACGUUAAGAGAGUAAAAAGGACUGAUGUUAGGUUAAUCGACUUUGGCAGUGCUACAUUUGAUCAUGAACAUCACAGUACCAUUGUUUCGACUCGGCAUUACAGAGCUCCAGAAGUAAUUUUGGAACUAGGAUGGUCACAACCUUGCGAUGUAUGGUCGAUAGGCUGCAUCCUUUUCGAGCUCUAUCUCGGUAUCACUUUAUUCCAGACUCACGACAAUCGUGAGCAUUUAGCCAUGAUGCAACGGAUCCUUGGAGAAAUACCGCAGAGAAUGGCAAGGAAAACAAAAACUAAAUACUUCUACAAGGGUAGACUUGAUUGGGACGAAAAGAGUUCUGCUGGCAGAUACGUCCGUGACAAUUGCAAACCUCUAUUGCGGUAUAAACAAUCUGACGAUAUUGAUCACAACUACCUGUUUGAUCUAAUCUUCAAAAUGUUGGAUUAUGAACCUUCAGAACGGAUAACAUUGAAAGAAGCUCUGAAACAUCCAUUCUUUGACAAAAUUCCUGGAAACCAGCGCCUUGGUGAUCCUGGUGCCGCAGGAGAUCGUGGCAGCCCAUAA